AUGAAUGAAGCGGAUAAACAACAACAUAUAACUCAAUGGAUUCAACUUGGUACAUUAGGUGAUACACCUAGUUCACCAACUAUAUCACCAUUACCACCUGAUGAAUAUCAAGAUAAAGAUUUUAUGAUACAUUCAUCAAGAUAUUCUGAGGAACAAGAUAAUGAUAAUAAUGAGAAUGAGAAUGAAGAUGAUGACGAUGAUGACGAUGCUAUUGCUAUAACUACUGAUAAUGAAGAGAAUCAAGACUAUAAUGAUUGGAUUCAUUCAAAAGUAAUCACACAUAAUCAAGACAUAAAUAACAAGGAAUCAUCUUAUGAACAAUAUAAACAACAAGAAAAUCGUGAUGAUAAUGAUGAUAAAGAUAAAGAAGUGAAAAUACAAAUUAUUAAACAACAAGCAAAUUUCACUUUGAAUAAUGAAAAACAUGAAAACCCUCAUGAAGGUAAUUUAAUUAUUAGUCGACCAACAUCUGACUAUACAAAUACUUCGACUAAUGAAAUCAAAUUAGAAUUUGUCAAUAAUCCAAAUCAUAAUAAUCAUCAUCAUUAUAGUAAUUUUAGUAAUACUAAUUACGCUACUGUUAAUGAAGUAAGUAGUAUAAAGAAUAAAAUAAUUAUGGAUCCAAUGAAUUCAAACACAAAUCUUCUUCUGAAUAAUUCACUUGUUAAAAAUACUUUAUCACCUGAACCAUUGAAUGAACCAUCACCUCAAUCAACAUCUACAGAAGAUAUUACUUCUAAUUCUAAAUCUAAUCAUAAGAAUAAAUCUCAAAAUGAACGUAUUAUUACUAUUAAAGAUUUAAGUAGUUUAAAUGAUCCGACUAAAUCAUCUCUAGGUAAACAUUCUUCAUUAUUAAAUCCUAAUAUGAAUUCAAAUGAAUAUAAUGAUAUAACAUCAUCAUCAUCAUCAUUAAAAUGUAUCCCAUCUAUAUUACCUAAACCAAAAUUAUAUAAUAUGAAUGAAAUCAGUAGUAUAGAAAAACAAAAAAAUCCUACAUUAAUUACAUCAGAAAUACGUUAUAUGAAUAGUAAAAUAUCAAGUCAUUUAUCAAAUACAACAAAUAUCAAUUCAUUAUUAUUAAAUACAAAUUCAAAUCAUAUAGAAUUAAUAAAUGGUUCAACUGAACUAGCAACUGAUUUAUAUCCAAAUUUAGUGAAAACACGUGAUACACCAAUACCAAAUGUUAAAAGUUUAGUAACCUAUUUUACAGAAUUAAUUAAAGUUCAUACAGAUCUAAAUGAGAUCAAUCAUUCGAAUAAUAAUAAUAAUAUAAAUAAAGAAAAAGAUAAUCAUCAUUAUGAUAUUACUUAUAAUCAAUUUAAUAGUAGUAAUAAUAAUAAUAAUGAUGAUAAUGCUGAUUUAGAUAUACCAGCAAAUAUAUCACCAUUUUUAUUACAUCAUGAAACACCUAUUGCAAGAGAACGUCGUUUACAAGCUGUUGAAAUGUUAAGACGUCGUUCAACAAUUCAUAUGACAUAUGAUCGUUAUAGAGUAUUUCCACCUGGUUACAAUACAUCAACAUCACCAUUAUUAGAAAAAUUCAAUCGUAAUAUAAUAAAUAAUAACAGAGAUGACUGUAAUACUACUAAUAAUAAUACUGACAAUAAUAAUAAUGAUGUUUGUAAUGGUAAUAAUAAUAAUGAUAAUAAUGAAAACAAUAGUCAUAUAUUUAUAAAGCAACAUAAUAUUGAUCCUAUUCAUCAAUCCAUUUCAUCACCAAAAUAUCAAGUACGUAUGCAAGCCAAUUUACAAAAAGAUUCAACAGCUAUAGUUGCUUAAUAGAUUUUUUUUCGGGGGUGGGAGUGGGGGUGGAAAUUAUUUUAAUACAUUUAUAUAACACAUAGAUCAUUAUUAAUAAUAAUAAUAAUAAUAAUAAUAAUAAUCGUCAACCGUUGUUUUUUUCUUUAUAAUUUUUUAUCUGUUUGGCAUCAACUCCACCCUUCUCGAAAUUUUCUUGAUCAUUUUUUUCUUUUUUCUUUUCAUUCCUUUUUUUAUGUCAUUUCAACUAUAAUUUUAAAUUAUUCUGUUAUUAUCCAUUAAAGUUUUUGUAAUUUUUUUUUGUAGUUUCUUCCCGCC